AUGAUUCAAAUAUUACAUCAAAAUUUGGAAAACGGUUUCGUAUCUACUUCAAAAAAAACAUGGCGCAAUUGGGCCGGCACUGUGACCAAUAAUCCACAGUGCAUCUUUUUACCGAACACACUUGAAGAACUUAGAGAUAUUGUAAAAAACGCGAAAAAAAAUGGAAAAAAGAUUCGUUGCGCUGCACAGGGACAUUCAUGGAGUUCUUUAUCAGCCACAAAAGACUAUUUUGUUAUUGUAAAUAACUUGACUAAAGUUCAAGUGCAGAAACGCGAAAAAUAUGGUUGGACUAUCAUUGCCGAAGCUGGUGCUUCAAUAAAACAAAUCGAUGACACACUUCGUAACAAUGAUCCGCCUUUGACAAUGAAUUCGAUGACUGUGAUAAAUACACUUAGAGCAUCCGGCAUUGUCUCCACUGGUGCACAUGGUGCAAAAAUUCAAGGAGCAUCUGUUUCUGAUGAGUUAAUCUCAUUACAAAUUGUUACUGCUGAUGGUGAACUGCAUGAAUUCUCGGAAGAGAAGGACCCACAAGAAAUGAACGUAGCGCGAGUUAGCUUAGGUCUUCUUGGAAUUAUCUAUUCAGUUACAUUUCGCGUCGAACCAUUGUUUAACUUGCGUAUGAUCGACACGUUUCCAUUAGCUACGGAUUGGCUUAAACCUGAAAUUCUUAAACAAUACUAUGAAAAUUCAGAUAGCCUAGAAGUAAUCUAUUGGCCAUUCAAUCAAGGAAAUAUCGACACCAACAAAGAUACGAUAUGGGUAAAACAAUGGAUCAGAACCGAAGAUCCAGCAACAGUAUCUCAAAAACAAAUUACCCAAAAAAGUAAAUACGAUGCGCCGAUAUUUAAAUAUUUUUUCACUAGUGUUUACAACCUUACUGCUAAAUAUCCCGCAAUUACCCCUAUAACAAGUGCCAUAUUAUAUAAGCUAGUUCCACAAAGGAGCACGAAGGAUGCAAUAUAUGAGGCACCAGAUGCUAUUCAUUUUCAAUCCUGUCUUGAUAUUAUUCCUUUGAAUUGCUUAGAAUUUACAUUUAAAGUUAAUUCGGAUUUUUCUAACGUUCACAUCGAGAUGCUAAAUAUCAUGUCAAUGAUUACAAAAUCAGCAAAACAAGGAGAAUUUCCACUGAAUUCAGUCGCUGAAUUCAGAAUCAACAAAGCUUCGAAAGCAAUUUUAGCUUCCGGAUACGAUGCUGAUCCUAAUGCUAUAUAUUGUCACAUUGAGAUUAUUACCUUUUUUGGAACUCCGGGUUGGAAAGAAUUUUCUGCUGAAAUAGCCAACGGUUGGAUAGAAAAAUAUCAAGCCAGGCCACAUUGGGGUAAAGAAUGGGAACAUGUACCGGGAAUAAUACCAUAUCUUCAUACAAGGUUAAGUGAUCAGAUCAAAACUUUCGAAAUAGUUCGCGCCAAAUACGAUCCAAAAAAAAUAUUUUUUGAUAAUGAUUCGUUAAAUCGGAUAUUUUAUAAUUAG